AACCGAACCCCGCGAACCGGGAUUCGGGACUGAAGCCUGGCCUGGCGGCCGCUGUUCUUGAAAUGUGAACCCCUUGCUUCCGGGACUGCAUGUGGCAGGCCUCCCGAAAUGACAACAGGAUAAUGUUGGUUCUUGAGCACUAGCUAUGUACAGUACGCUUUCAACUCCUCGUAGCAAAUCAGCACAUCAACAGCCCUAUUGAAAAUAUCCCGCCUGGCGCGGUUAUACGGUUAUACCCAGAUCCCAUCAGCCCAAACAAAACAUGGAAUCCUUCAAAAUGACCGGCCCGCCUCCUCUCACAGGGAUAAGAGUCCUCGAAUUCGCAAGUCUCGCCCCAGGCCCCUUCGCGGGCAUGCUCCUCGCAGACGCGGGCGCCUCAGUCCUGCGCGUCGACCGCCCAGUCACCACCACCACCACCUCCACCUCGUCCACAGGAUCCAGAUCCCCUUUACCCACCGGCGACCUCUUAACCCGCCACAAAACCUCCAUCACGGUCGACCUCAAAAACCCCCAUGGCAUCGCCCUCCUCCACGCCCUGGUCCCACACAUCGACGUGCUAAUCGACCCCUUCCGCCCAUCCGUCCUCGAGCGUCUCUCCCUAGGCCCGUCCCACCUCCUCUCCCUCAACCCGCGCCUCAUCUACGCCCGACUAACCGGCUUCCGACGGGACGGCCGCUUCGCCGCCAUGGCCGGGCACGACAUCAACUACCUUGCCGUGUCGGGCGUGCUGUCCUUGCUAGGACGGACCCGCGCCCCGCCGACGCCCCCGCAGAACCUGCUGGCCGAUUUCGCCGGCGGCGGCGCCACCCUCGUGCAGGGGAUUUUACUCGCGCUGGUGUCCCGCGCGUCUACGGGCAAAGGGCAGGUCGUGGAGGCGAGCAUGGUGGACGGGGUGGGGUACCUGGCGAGCUUUUCACGGUUUAUGGUCGCGGGGCGAGUGCCUGGGCUAGGCGACCGGCCGCGGGGGGAGAACCUGCUUGACUCUGGCUGCCCGUACUACGACGUCUACGAGACGCGCGAUCGGGGCAGGUUUGUUGCUGUGGGUGCGCUCGAGCCGCAAUUCUUUGCCGCGCUGCUUAAGGGGUUGGCGUUGCAAGGGAUGGGGUGGGAAGAGAAGAGGUACGACCGGGACCGGUGGCCCGAGCUGCGCAGGGUGUUUGAGGACGUGUUUCGCACGCGGACCAGGGACGAGUGGGAGCAGGUCUUUGCCGGCAGCGACGCCUGCUGCACGCCCGUGUAUGAGUACGCUGAGAUGAGGGCGGAUCCCGUGGCUAAGGAAGGGGACCAGCGCCCCCCGGUUACGCUGCGCGACACGCCGUGCCUGGCCGUGAAAAAGGGCGUCUCGGAUGAUGCUAGUCAUGGCCAAGGGCCCGGUGUGGAAGGGGAGGGAUACAUUGGCUAUCCACUGGCGCCGGGAGAGGGAGGGGUAGAGACAUUGAAGGCAUGGCUAAACUGGACGAGGGGAGUUCACUUUGAUGUUAGGGACGGUGGAUUGGUGUUGAAGGACAAGGCUAGACUAUGAGCGAAGGCAACUAGCACUGCCAGGCAUGUUAACUAUUGGAUAUAAUGGAUUCUUGAGAAUUAUCGUUCUGCUAUCUGGGGGAAUCUCAUUGAAUGAUCCGUACGGCUGGUAGGCAUACAACACUUCCAACUCCACCAC